AUGUGUGAUAAAGAAUUGCAUGCUCUGAGCAGUGCUAGAAGCAGAUGCGAAUUGCUCACUGCUCUUCAAAAUGCUCUACAGUAUGUGUCGUCACCAGAAAAGUCAUCGUUUGCGAAAUAUCGCAUACUCACUCAGUUAGUUGACAUCUUUCAUCCUUCCGUAAUUGGCCUUUUGACAGCGAAUGAAUUUAAGGAGCUGUUCAGGGCGCUGUUCUGUUCAGCUGCAGUAGACGAUGCUUUCCUGGUUUUGAUCAAUGCUUUGCAUUCCUGUGAUAGCUCUCAGAUGUUUCGCUUGCAGCAUAUAAUAAUUUUAUUGGAUGAUCUGGAGAAAACAUGUCUGGAAUCGUUGCUUGUCGACAGUAUUGAGAAAGAUCCGAAUGAUGUGAACUGGAAUGCUAAACAGGGAGAAUUAUGCAGACUUUUAGGUCAAACUACAUGUUUGGUGCACAAUGUAUUUGGAAAUUCCCAUCUUUCAAGUUUGGUUAAAGUGAAUGACGCACUUAUGAAAUCUUAUUUAAACAAUCACUGGAUAUAUUUGUUGAAUUCACUGAAAGCUGCUCUUAUGGAUGCAGUGAAUAGAUGUCGAAAUGCGAAAAAUGUAAACAUGGAAUUCCUCGCGGGCGUCAUUUACGAGUUGAGCCGAGGAGAUAUAGUUGCGUUUCGAACGCUGGUAACCUGGUUAGGGUCCAAGGUAGACGAUAUGAUUUGGAGACGUAUUAGCGUGAGACUGCUUACUGAUACUUCGAAUGGUAUAGCUCAUUUAGAAAACCUACUCAUACUUGUUUUACUUGCAGUAAAAAAUGGCGAAAUGCUCCAGAAAUUGUUUGGUAGUGAAAUAUAUAAAAAUCGAAUAGUGAGACGGAUUUUCUUUGAAAAAGCGCUUUUUGUCAAAAUCUUCCCUUCGACAGAACAAGUUCCUGAAAAAUUAGCUAUUUGUUUGCAUUUAAGUAACAGUGAAUCCUCUGAUGAUGGGCCAUGGAGUACACUGCAUCGGGAUACUAUCUGUACAACUCUGGAUAUCUGGUCCAGUAGUAUUCACAUCAAUCAUUCUUCCGAUGAACAGCUGGAUUAUAUUGAUGUUGUGCUUCUCAAUUUUGUCAAAUAUGCAAAGUGA